ACAGUCGGGUGUGCCUGUCCACGGUGUGCCCUUACUCCAAGCUCUAUAGUUUGUACACCACCGUACCACCGUACAGUACAGUAUGUGGUGUAAAGUGUACAGUCCACAUAUAGAGAGUGUAUAGCAUUCCCUACUCUAGUAGCUCGGCAUUCCCCAGCUCUUGUGGCGUAUCACCGUCGACUCCAAACCCCGAUCGGUUCGCCGGCCAGUCUGUCACCGCGCGAACAACGAGAACCACACGUUGCUUGUUUAACCGGUUCUCACCUUCUUUAUUUUACAAUCUUCUAUUGUAUUGUGUUGUACGCACCGAACAACUGCUACAAUAGGUUCUCAAGUUUUACAUCCCGAGCACCGCGGACCGAUCGCGGCCGCAAGGCUCAGAGUUACGGCAUUAGUUGUUCUACAUUUAAUUAAUUAUUAUUAGUAUUUUUUAUUAUUAUUAUUGAUAUUAUCAUUCAUGAUAACGGUGACGUGAUUGGAGUGAAAUAAUUUUUAAAUUAUUGCCAAUUAGUAAAAGUACGAAAACUCAAGGUGUUUUAGUUAGUUAAUUAUUUAUUAAUAUUUUUUUUUUUACGAGUGUGUAUUAAUUAUUUGACAAUAAUUAACAUAAAAAGCGAGUUCCUCGAGGUCUGUGUGAAGCAAGAACGCACAGAUACUAUCGAGAUGCUGACGGACAUGACACCAGCCGCGGCUGGUCAGCUUUAUCCGCAGCUUCAGUCCAUCUCUAAGUCGCCCGCUCAUCACAUGGAACAUCCCGGGCUUCGCGGUACCCCACUGGCGAUGCUCGCUGCACAAUGUAACAAAUUGAGCAACAAGAGCCCUCCGCCUUUGGCGGAUGCCGCAGUGGGGAAAGGUUUUCAUCCAUGGAAAAAGAGCCCACAGAGCAGCGGGAGUUCACCACAGCACACCGGAGGCGGUGGCUGCACCACCACAGGAGUCACUCAAAGGCCAACAGCGACCAGCAGCGCGGGAAGCACCGGCGGAGGAGGUGGAGGUGGUGGGUACGCAAGAGCACCAGUAACCUCUUGUGCAUCCACCGCGCCCCAGUAUGGUAGCGACAUGUACUUUCCGGGCACGGCGUCAGUCCAACCAGCCAGUGACCCGCACCACCACCAGAGCAGUCUCUUAGGCAAGGUCGAGGGCGCGACCCUCAGCUCAGUCUACGGCAGACACCCUUACGAGUCUUGGCCGUUCAACACGAUGACUGGGGCCACCCACGGUGGCAUAAAAGCCAGCGACGGGUGGUGGGACGUCCACGGUGCCGCUACUGGAGGUUGGCUCGACGUAAGCGGUACCGUUGGCGUUCACGCUCAGAUGGCGAACUACUCGGCGGACUACUCAACCAGUCUUGCCCUGGCUGGGAAUCACUUGCUGAGCUCAGCUACGACAGCCAGCCACAACCUGCUCCAAGACACGUACAAGUCAAUGCUACCCGGCGGACCUCCUGGUUUUGGACUCCACGCACACCACGCGGCGAGUUCCGGAGCCGGAGGAGCUGGCAGCCCUCAAGGUGCUACUGGGGUGGUAACUCAAGCGCCCUCACCUCGAUCCCAGCGACGAUACACCGGGCGGGCGACCUGCGACUGCCCGAACUGCCAAGAAGCAGAGCGACUCGGUCCCGCCGGUGUCCACCUCCGGAAGAAGAACAUCCACAGCUGUCAUAUUCCCGGAUGCGGGAAGGUCUACGGGAAGACGUCACAUCUGAAGGCCCACUUGCGGUGGCACACUGGUGAGCGACCGUUUGUUUGCAACUGGCUUUUCUGUGGCAAGCGGUUCACACGUUCGGAUGAGUUGCAGCGGCACCUUCGAACCCACACCGGAGAAAAGAGAUUCGCCUGCCCGGUCUGCAACAAGCGGUUCAUGCGCAGCGACCAUCUCGCGAAGCACGUCAAGACCCACAGCAGCAGCAGCAGCAGCAGCGGCAGCAAGGGCAAGGGGGGAGCGGGGAGCUCCUCAGCCGAGUCCUGCUCAGACAGCGAGGACAACGGGAGCCAGCAGAGUCCCACUUCCAACAGCAGCAGCUCCCUCGGUGGUGGCCCAGGGGGUGCCGGGUCAGGUUGUCCAGGGUCAGCAGCAGGGUCAGCACCAGGCUCCGCAGCAGCCUCAGCAGCAACAGGCCUUGGCAGUGGUAGUGGGCCCUCAGGUGGGUCAGGACGCCAACGGCACCUCCCAGACCACCACCGGUCUCCAACAGCCAACAACUCCCAUGACCCCAAUGCAGAUGACACCUCCCCCCUUGACCCCUCACCAUCCUCACCACCCCCAUCUCCCGCCACUAAUGCAUCAUCCUCAUCAUCACGCAACCUCUGUAACAGCGGCGGCGCAUCAUCAUCCGCACGCGGGGAUGAGCAUGCACUGAGCCCGGUGGGGCCCGGACCCGGUUCCUGCAAUAACGGUACCACAGCGGCCCUGGGCUCCCCACUAUCCUACCCACUCAACCUGAACCUCAUGCACCAGCAACACCACACUGUCAAUGUCCUUACACAUCACCAAAUCAAUC